AUCAUUUUCAGAUCGCAUCCAUGCAGGUAUCCCCCUUCCCCCGCACUCAUUAUUAAUCUAAGAACAGUUCCCUGGGGUGUUUCAUUGGGAAAUUCUGAAAAGCUUGAUCCAAGAUCGACAUUUUCAGGGAACAUCUUGUCUCCCUAACCCACGGGCUGACUUGGUUCAUUCCAGCUGCAGAAGCAGAGCCUCGAUGUAUUGGGAUUUUGCAAGCAAAAAUAUACCUAACCUCCCUUCCAACAAUCUUAUAUAUUCUUACCGAAUCAGAAAUGAAAACCUCUUCUGAAUUGAAAAGUCCAGCGAUCGGGACAGAAUACAGCUGUAGAUAUAGGAAAAAUUGGUAUAAAUGUGGGAUUUUUGCUAAUUUUCUAAUGACGGUGGAAGUGCAACAUUGGAGUCGGGUUCUUCUCAUCUAUAUGGGGCUAUUGGCUGCAUCAGCAACUGGUCAGAACUGCAGUUAUAUACUACUCGGUCCCAACGGAACAUUAGAAAGUCCAGGGUUUCCAUAUGGCUAUCCAAAUUAUGCAAACUGCACAUGGACACUUACUGCAGAAGAACUGAAUAGGAUACAACUUGUUUUCCAGUCUUUUGCUUUGGAAGAAGAUUUUGAUGUGUUAUCUGUUUAUGAUGGCCUGCCACCACAGGGGAAUUUAAGGACAAGAUUAACAGGAUUCCAGCUUCCACCACCAAUUGUGAGUACAGGGAGAAUUCUCACAUUAUGGCUCACCACAGAUUACGCGGUUAGUGCCCAAGGAUUUAAGGCAAUUUAUGAAAUGUUACCAAGUCAUACCUGUGGAAAUCCUGGUAGAUUGCAAAAUGGAAUACAACAAGGAAUGACGUUCAACAUUGGCGACAAAAUCAGAUUUAGCUGCAAUCAAGGCUUCAUUUUAGAAGGCCGUGCAGUGUUAACCUGUCUAGCAACAUCAGAAAACAGUGCAUCAUGGGAUUUUCCCCUUCCAUCGUGUAGAGCUGAUGAUGCUUGUGGAGGAAGCUUGCGAGGUCAGAGUGGGACCAUAUCAAGUCCUAAUUUUCCAUUGGAGUAUAAUAACAAUGCAGAUUGCACCUGGACGAUUCUGGCAGAACCAGGAGACACAAUUGCCCUUGUAUUUAGUGAUUUUCAACUGGAAGACGGGUAUGACUUCCUUGAGAUAAGCGGAGCAGAAGGAGCUUCACUGUGGUAA